AUAAAAUACGAUUCCAGCUCCUUAUUGUCUUUUUUUUCCCUCAUCAACACUGUAAUGGUAACUCCACGAUCACAAAAGAAUCCAAAUAAUUACAGAGGACGAGGCAAAGGUGGCAUCAGUAAGCUACAAAUAAGAGGCGGAAGGGACUUUACCAGUACCGCUGCUAUUAGCACUGCUGCUACUGUUGCCCCUUCUCUGUUCAUUGCAGAGCCUGACAGUUCCGAUCGAAAGGAACUAUUUGAAUACAUGCAAAUACUGGAUGUAACUGAAAACCGCUCAUCCAGUAUUCAACCGUUUGUUAUUCCCGAACGUCUGGCAAGGUCGUUCAUUUCUCGUAGAGGGAUUGGCAUAGAUAGCUUCAUUGAAGGAUCUGCGGCAGGACUUGAAAGGAGAACCGUUUCGCAAUAUGUUAGAGAUAUUGGGCCAAAUAAGCUUGCUGGUAUUCCCUCUAAUAAGCUAAAAGGUUCCCGAUUAUGGCUAUUGUAUCCUGUACAAUUUGAUCCCGAGCUUGCUUCUGCAACAUUAGCACGCAGACCUGACGCGCAAUCAUCGUAUGAUGAAAGUGCAGCAGUAGCAGGAGCAGCUUUUGCUGCUGCUCCUGCUCCUGCUCCCUUUCACGGAGCUAAUUUUGCCGCUCCUGCUUUUAUGUCAAAUCCUACUCUUGCUCCUACCUCGAAUUUCCUUGCUCCUCCUCACGCUCCGUAUUCCGCUCAAACCUUUAAUCCUACGCGAAAGAUUAAUACUCCUAAAGCCUCGAAAGCUGCUGAAAUCUCGAAGCCUCAGAUUGAAAAUCCUAUUGCUGCUCUGAAGCAAGAUCUGAUGCAACCAUUAGAACGUUACUUUAAAUUUGAUCAUGAACAGCCAGAGCGACAGCUUUAUAGAGCAGAACCAGCUUUAUUGAAAAAGAUCAUCCAGAAGUUAAACUAUAUAUUCCAUAAAAGAUUUCCGGGUUACUACUUUAAGUUCACUGCUUAUGGUUCAGCAAAGUCCGGGUUGGCGUUCAUUAACUCAAGUAUCAAUCUAAAUGUCGAAAUGGAUCAGCCUGACCUUGAUUGCUUGAAAGAUAGGGAUGUGAAUCCAUAUGUCUCCGAUCUUGAUGCACCGUAUUGUUUCAAUACAAUACGUCCCUUUUUACAGCAAAUGUUGAACGCUAAAAAAGUUAUAUUAGACGAAGCUACAGGAUUUACGACAAUCCAGUUGCAGCAUAUCAAAGUUGAAUACAAUUUCAACAAAGAAAUAUUUACGAGAUCAACUCUUCUGAUUGAGCAAUAUAUAAAGUUAGACGGUCGUGUUGGUGAAUUUCUGGGGAUUUUGAAGCAUUUCUGUCAAUCUAGAAAUCUUCUAGCACCUUCCUUAUUUAAUGGUAUGCGGUAUUAUGGCUAUGUCAUCAUGGCACUUGCGUACCUCACUUCGUUGAAUCCUCCUGUUUUACCCAAUCUGCAAAACAUCAAUUUUAAAGACAUGAGUGAUACCUGCUUCUCCUCUACUUGUAUCUCUAAAAAGAAAUAUUGGGAUUCUGUCAUCUUCAACAAUCGUGAGUGCGGUAUUGCUGCUCGAUAUCAUGACUGUAUUUCAUUUAAACCUCACCUUAGUAAUACCAAAUUACGGGUGAAGAAGGCAGAAAAUGGCACACUUUAUUGGAAUUCAGACAAUAUGGCUACUGUUAAGAAGCUUUUCAUUGACUUUUUGUAUCAUUAUGGGUAUGAAUUGGAUUAUAAAGAGUUUGCUGUAUCUUUGAAGUCGUUGGGUGGAUAUGCAGUUAGAAAGGAUGCAUUUAAUCCAUAUCCAGUGGUCGUUGAAGAUCCCUUCAUACCCGGUAUCAAUCUAGCUGCUACAGUAGAUAAUAUUAUCAAAUUCAGAGAUACAUUAAGAGGCGCUUUUACGUGCCUUUACGGUGACAUGACGUUCGGUGAAAUGGUUCGCACGUCUGAUAUUCAUCGUAUGAAUAAUAUUCAAGGAUUUGAAGGAAGGAAAAAAGAUUAUGAACCUUAUAUGAAAUUGAACCUGACGCCUACCUAUCGUACACUGCUAUUGAUUGGUUUGCCUGAUAUUCCGGAAGGAAGUGAAGAUGCUUCCAUGGAUAAUGUGGCAACAACAACAACAAUGUCAGUUCAAGAACAGAACUGCUAUUGUGUUGAAUUGGCUCAGUCAUUUCCCAAGUCUUGUCGGAUAGAACAACUAAACAUCUAUGAUAGAAACACAAUGCUUAUGAGUAUCUCUGCUGUAGAAGGUAGUAUGAAGAACAUCGUUAUACCCAACAGUUUCACUUUUAGAGAUCGUACUGUACAAGUUGUCGAGCUUUAUGAAACUGUCGAAAUCGAGGAGCAAUAGAGUAACCCCUCUAUAUUUUUGUGCAUCUACUUUCUUUUCUUUUUUUUUCUUUUUUUUCCUAUCAAAAUAAUCAAAAUAUUUAUCAUGUAUCCAUAUGUUCUCGUUUCAAGUACAUUCUAUUACAUACGUUGAGGCUUGAUUCAGCUUUUCUAUGCAUUUUCUAUAUUUAUAAACAUCCAUUUUAAACUUGCGCCCAAUUGAUGCAAAAUCAUACAAAAAAAUCGUGAAAUACCGCCUGAGAAAAUGCAAUAUGCCUCGAUCAA